GUUUGGGAACUGAACCUGGGCCUGUCCCAGGUCUUGUAGAACCUGGUGGAGCACAGGGCUGGUACUGAGCUGCUAUAACCCACCAUGUACAACCUAUGGGCUCAUUGCUGCCAGCCCUGCUAGAACUGCUGCUAUUCUGAGCUGGUGGAAUUGUUGCUUUGAACUGUCUCAUGUCUGGGCUGCCCCCUUAAGCCCGGCAUUACAAACCUGUCAUUGCAGCGUGUCUCAGCUUCCUGCUUACAAUAACACCCUGUGCUUGGUGUUCCAUUAUAGCUGUGGAUGUUCGUGCUGCUGUUUCUCUAACAGAUGCUCCAUUCAGACAACCUGCAAGUUUCCAGUGCCCUCUGCAGCUCCUUCACCACCACCUUCUUUACUCCCUCGUUGCUUUCUGUGCACGUGAGGACUCUGCAUGCUGAGCAAGGCACAGGGGACAAGGUGAUGUACGUCCAGAAGAAGCGCAGGUCGGAGCGGCUGCGGCACCGGCUGCUGCCCAUGUACAGCUACGACCCGGCCGAGGAGCUGCAGGAGUCGGAGCACGAGCUGCUGGUGGAGGCGGAGGAGCAUCAGGUGGGUCCCAGCUGGGGGUUCCGUGGGGGCUGGAGGGCCUGAGGCUGCCCCACAGCGGGGCCGGACCCCAUAGAUCUCCCCAGUGGCAGCACAGCACCGGGAAGGCACCGGCAGCCCCAUGAGCACACACGGUAACGGGGCACCUCCCUGCACAGCUCUGCUGCUUUCUGCUGAAACCACCCUAAAAAACCCCUAAAUGCACUGAGGAUGGGGUGGGCAAUGCACUGGGUGCAGCCCCAUGGAGCACCUACAGCUUCUAUUGGCCCCAUAUGGGGUUUGUGGGGUCGGGACACCCCAGGCUCCCCGAGUGGGGGGCAAAUAAACGUUUCUGUGCAGUG